GUUUUUGGAGUGAUCUGCGUUGUACUGGCGGGAUUCUGGGGUGGUGUAUAUGGCUCCGGAUUUGACUGGAAUGAUCCCAGCAAAGUCUUCAAUUUUCACAUCCUCUUUAUGAUACUCGGGUUUGUAUUUCUAUUUGGAGAUUCCCUACUUGUGUAUCGUUUGUUUCGUUCCGGACCCAAACGGCCUCUCAAGAUUCUUCACGCUUUCCUUCUUCUAAUGGCCCUGGUCUGCGCGGCUAUAGGUGUGAGGGCCGUUUAUGAGGUGCGCAAGGAUAAGCCACCAAAGACUCUCUACAGUAUUCACAGCUGGCUGGGCAUUAUCUUGUUCUUGGGUUUCGCAUUGCAAUGGCUGUUUGGAUUCAUCUUAUUUCUCUUUCCCAAAACACCGAUGUAUUCUCGGAAAAUUUACCUACCAUUCCAUACGGGAUUCGGUUUGUUUCUCCACUGUCUUGCCGUGUUGGUAGCUCUUUGUGGAAUAACGGAAAAUAACAUGUUUUCCGGAAGGUACAAGGAACUUCAGAGUGAAGAGGUUUUAGGAAACUUACUGGGGCUCUUUAUAGUCGGAUUUCAUGCCCUGGUGUUCUUCAUUGUCAGUUAUUCUGCGUAUCGUCGAGUUGAAUUUGAAGAACCCGGAAAUGAUGCAGGAAGAAGUUUGGUGAUGACUCAAAAUAGCUUUGAGAAGAGCUAAAUUCGUUCAACUUGCUAUUUGGAUCAAUCUUUUCUGUUUGCUGAUUCUAAAGACUGCGAAGCUUUGUCAAAAUGAAUUCAACGAGAAAGCUCUAUUGUGAUUCGUGUAAUACUGACCGCUCUAUUAUAUCCAUUACAACAUAAUCACCUUCAGUGUCACUUUGUUAAGUUGCUACCCUUGCUAUUUUUAACGUCAGCUUUAUGCAUUAUUUCAGUAGGUAUACCUGGCUAUCAAUAAAUUCUUUUUGUC